GUUAGUGACGUCAACGAUGAUGUGAGGCGGGCAGCUGUCGAAUCUCUGGGCUUUAUUUUGUUCAGGACUCCUGAACAAUGUCCAAGUGUUGUUUCCUUGUUGUCCGAAAGUUACAACCCGCAUGUCCGUUACGGAGCAGCGAUGGCUUUGGGGAUCUGUUGCGCUGGGACAGGAAACAAGGAAGCAAUUAAUUUGUUGGAGCCGAUGACUAACGACCCUGUCAACUACGUGCGUCAGGGGGCUUUGAUUGCAUCAGCUCUGAUCAUGAUCCAGCAGACCGAGGUUCUCUGCCCAAAGUCAGAUCCUGUGCACAACCUGGUCAUCUCACAGCUGGAUUUUUGCAACACGUUCUACAUGGAACUACCAUUGAAGACUAUCCGGAAGGUCCAGCUGGCACAGAACACAGCUGUGUAG